GUCGCACGCAGGACAGCCUUGAUAUUAAUUAGUUUCCCGCCAGGAGCAUACCAGAAUGCAUCAACCACCUGGGCAGAGACCAGUGCAUGCUGCCAGGCGUCAAUCUGCCAGGAGGAGGAGUCGAAGUCUCGCCAGGAACGAGAAGUGCCCGGCCGGCAGAACCUAUCACCUGCCAGCCUUGUUGAUUAUCCUGCUCGUCCUCAUCCAGAACUUUGAGCUGCACAUGUGCCGGCAAUUGAUGAGCUACCCGGGCGUCAAACGAUCCCAGGAUCCCAAGGUCCUCACCAUCGGUGGCAGUGCAGCCGGAGAGGUUGCAUUGCCGGGGGCGGGCGCUGGGGAUGACAAGCGGGCGGGCGGAAGGUCACCACCCAGCCAGCCGGAGGAGAUAUUCAGCGCCCCGGCCGACGAGGGCUAUGACGAGUAUCCGAUGGUGGUUCCAAAGCGUGCUGCCCUACUGCUGGAUCGGCUAAUGGUCGCUUUGCAUCAUGCCCUUGAACAAGAACGAAGUGAGCAACGAAUUGGCGACUUCUUCGGGGACAAAAACAUGCUCAAUGGCAAAUUGGGCGAAUACCACAAUGGAUUGGAGCCUCAUCAAGUGAGAGAGGAUGGAAUGUACAGCGAUGAUGAUUCGGGAACAAUGUUGGAUUAUGAUUUCAAAGAUUUGAAUCAGAUCAAUCGCGCCACUGGCGAAACAUUAAUGCCAAAGAGCUUUCAGAGAAGAGCGGGCGCAGAUCGAUCUGGAACUUCCUCGUUAACCGGUUCCCCACCUGGUCCCCGGCGAAUCCCACCAUCCGGAUCCGGCGGUGGCCGAGCGUACUGGCGUUGCUAUUUCAAUGCCGUCAGCUGCUUCUGAAAAACACCAGCAAAAUAUCCGCCUCUGGAGUGGGCUAAAAAAGCUCACACAAAUAAUACAUAAAUCCCAACUGAUCUCCAGAGUGGUGUUUCUCAAACUGUUCAAUGUCCAUUUGGUUGCUGCUGUGAGAGUUGUUCGCGCCAUUAACUGAAAUCCCCAGAGUUCUGCAAUUGUAUCUAGUGGUAUCUGUAUCAAGUAUCUGUAUCUGUAACUUUAACUGUAACUGAAUUUGUAUCUGUGCAUUUGUAACUCACUGUGA